AGGGCAACAUUCCGCAUCCCAUCAGCGGCGAACCGUCCGAAGAUGGCUUGGUCUGAACUUGGAAAGUAAACACACGGACUCCAUCAUGCUCUUCCUCACUGCUAUUUAAUCCGCCGUGAUGGCCGCUUCCUGCCAAUCUCAACAGGUCAGCGUGCACAUUGGAUAAGAGGGCAUCGAGGUUGAUCGAGCAGCUCCCGUCCUUCCAAAAUGGACGGUCCGGUUUUUAUGUGGCGUCGCUUUCCCGCGCUGCUGGCGCUGGCUUUAUCAAGUGUCACAAGUUCCGUGGCGUCGCCGACGCCUCAGGAGUCGGCAACAAACUCAUCAUUCUGGCCUCAAUCUUGUUGCGACGCUCUUCGCUCUUCGCUCGGCGCAAAGGUCUCGCUACCCAGCAGCCGCGCGUACAACUCUUCCGUGUCAUCGUACUGGGCCCAACAGGAGACGCUGAUCCGUCCGGAUUGCGUCGUGGCCCCCACUUCGGCCCGCGAUGUUUCGACCACCCUCAAGGUCCUUGUACCGAGGCGGUGCAAGUUUGCCGUUCGUGGCGGCGGCCAUGGCGCAGUUGCCGGCAUCGCAAACAUCGAGGACGGGGUCACAAUUGACCUGCGAGGUCUGAACGCAAUCACCGUGUCCUCGGACGGCAAGACGGUCGCCGUUGGAGGCGGGCAGAAAUGGGCUCCGGUCUAUGCCAAACUCCAGCCUCUGGGACUAGGCGCGUCCGGCGGCCGUAAUGGGCCGGUCGGGGUGGGCGGAUCGACUCUCGGAGGCGGGUUUGGCUAUUUCGCUCCCAAGGUGGGCUUCGCCUGCGACAAUGUGGCUCGCUUCGAGGUCGUCCUCGCAGAUGGAGACAUCGUUACGGCCUCACCCAGCUCGAAUCCGAGUCUCUGGCGGGCGCUGAGGGGUGGUGGAGCCAACUUUGGCAUCGUCACGCAGUUCACGCUCAACACCUUCCCGCUCGGCUCCAUCUGGGCCGGGGAUGCCUACUUCUCGGCCGAGGCUCUCCAAACACAGACGCAAGCCCUGUACUCGCUUACGGCAAACCCGAAUUUCGACGUGAAUGCUGGCCUUAUUGUCAACUACGCUUUCAGCCCAUCCACGGGGCCCAUAAUCACCAACCAGUAUGCCUAUGCGCAACCCACCGUCAACCCGCCGACGUUCCAGCCCUUCACGUCCAGCCCCGGCCAGCUCAUGAACUCGACAUCUGUCACAACACUAGCCGCCUUCUCGGCCGCCCAAGAACCGGUCUCUCCGAAUGGGUUCCAACAGAUUACCUUCUCAACCCUGUUCAAGAAUGAUCUACAGAUGCUGCGAGAUCUAUGGAACAUCUACACCGCCAGCACCGGAAACAUCGCCGCCGUAUCCGGCAUGCAGUGGUCACUCAGCCUGAUCCCGGUACCCCCCGCCAUCGGAGCGCAAAGUAGCGCCAGGGGCGGCAACGUGCUGGGCCUCAGCAUCCCGUCCGAGGGCCUCAUCAUGGUGCUGUUGACGGCGACUUUCUCUUCGGCAAGCGAUUACCCGACUGUCCAAACCGCGGCGGACCAGCUGCUCGCCAACAUUAUCCAGGCCGCGAAGAGCAAGGGCCUGUACGCGCCCUACGUGGAUAUGAACCAUGCGGGCAAGUCGCAGGACCCUAUUGCUACCUACGGCGCGGUGAAUCAGGCUUUUCUGAAGGCCGUUGCGUGGCAGUAUGAUCCGACGGGUGUCUUCCAGACGCUUAUGCCUGGGGGGUUCAAGGUGUAAGAUAUAGCACUUUCCGGCGCACAAACCCAAUACGCCAUAUCUUAGUUGGUCCUAAAACAGGACAGUUCCUGGCAUCAUGAACCCCAAGUGACAGACAUGGGUAUGGGCACCACGGAGUGCUGAGAUUGGAGGGACCAGACUUUGACAAGGAGAUAAUUCUCCCCAGCUGUAGUGAGCUUGGAGAUGUUAGUAGCACAUUUAGCUUUCAAGCUACCAAGGUGUACUAAGUAGAUAGUCGGCGAAGUAAUUUAAAACAGGGACCAGAUCCAAGGCAUCGCGGGGUAUUUUCUUUUUGUGGAUAGA